CUCCAGCGGCUGCCUCUCCUACUGCAGCGACAAGUCGAGCAUCGUCAACGGCUCGUGUGCCGGCAUCGGCUGCUGCCAGACCUCCAUUCCCAAGGGUCUCAAGAGUAUCUACACCAUUCUGAGGAGCGUGAAGAACCACAGCACCACAUGGACCUUCAGCCCCUGCAGCUACGCCUUCCUGGUGGACCGGGAGACAUUCGUCUUCAACUCGACGGACCUCGACGACUUCUACACCAAGAACAACGGCGUGGUGCCGGUGGUGAUGGACUGGGCGAUCGGGAGCCGGAUCUGCGAGGACGGGAGCGGGUCGCCGGACUUCUCGUGCGGCGACAACAGCCACUGCGUCAACUCCACCAAUGGUCGGGGCUAUCGUUGCAGCUGCAAUACUGGUUAUCGAGGGAAUCCUUAUCUAACCCGUGGUUGCCAAGGUACAGUACGUUGCCUUCUUAUCGACCCAAGGAUCACCGGUCUAAAUUACCAUUGGUUUCAUCGACAGAUAUAAACGAGUGCGAGGAUCCGGCGACCAAUCCCUGCGCUGCAAUCUGUGAGAACACGGCAGGAGGUUACAUCUGCUCUUGUCCGCGGGGAUUCUCUGGCGAUGGCAGGAGGAGCGGCAGCGGCUGCAUUAAGGACGCCAAGAGAUUUCCGCUCUUCCAAGUUGUGCUUGGUUGCGGACUGGGACUCCUUUUCCUGCUCAUCACUGGUUCUUGGCUGAUUUGGGGGCUGAAGAAGAGGCGGCAAAUGAGGCUCCAAGAGAAGUUCUUCGAGCAAAACGGAGGGCUGUUGCUGCAGCAGCGAAUCGCUUCCAGCGAGGGCGCUGCAGAGACCGCCAGGAUCUUCACAGCAGAGGAACUCGAACGGGCCACCGACAACUACAGCGAGAGCCGCGUGGUCGGAAGAGGCGGCUACGGCAUCGUGUACAGGGGAAUCCUACGGGACAACCGAGUGGUGGCCAUCAAGAAGUCCAGAGUCAUCGACGAGAGCCAGUUGGAGCAGUUCAUCAACGAGGUGGUCAUCCUCUCCCAAGUCAUCCACCGGAACGUGGUCAGAAUCCUGGGCUGCUGCUUGGAAACGCAGGUCCCCUUGCUGGUCUACGAGUACGUUCCCAACGGCAACCUUCACCACCAUGUCCACGGCCAGGGCCGCGCGUCGUCGCUCUCCUGGGAGACGCGCCUGAGGAUCGCGGCGGAGACCGCCGGGGCGCUUGCCUACCUCCACUCCGCCACCGCCAGGCCGAUCUUCCAUCGGGACGUCAAGUCCGCCAACAUCCUCCUCGACGAGAACCACAUGGCGAAGGUGUCCGACUUCGGAGCCUCGAGGCUGAUCCCCAUGGACAGGAUGCAGAUAACCACGUUGGUCCAAGGCACACUCGGCUACUUGGAUCCCGAGUACUUCCAGACCGGACAACUGACGGAGAAGAGCGACGUUUACAGCUUCGGCGUCGUCCUCGCGGAGCUCCUGACGGGGCUUUUGCCCAUCUCUCAAGCCAGACGGCAAGAAGAGCAGAACUUAGCCAUCUAUUUCCUCGUUCACAUGAGGGAAGACCGCCUGUUCGAGAUAUUGGAGCCUCGAGUACGCAACGAGGGAAACCGAGAGCAGCUGCUCACGGUGGCCGAGCUGACCAGGAGAUGCCUUAGGCUGCGAGGGAACGAAAGGCCUACCAUGACGGAGGUGGCAGCGGAGCUCGAGCGGACAAGAAGGCAAAGGGAGCACCCAUGGCUGGAAAACGAGCACGGAGAGAGUCAGAGCUUGCUCAGGGAACCAGCAACCGUGUACUACACAAGUCCUAUCACCGGAGACGAAGACUUAGAUGCACAUAUCAUGCUCUCUCUGGAAAUGACCAGAGGAUGACGAAGACUCGAAGGUUGAUGAUGAUGAUGAUUGUCCAGCCAUCAGGACUUCCUUUUCCCUUUGACUCACUUUUGUAUCCAAAUCUGUUUGUGUCGCGAUCAUGCAGAACAUAAUAUGUGUUAUUUUAAGGCGAAGAACAGUUUUAUGUUAUAUUUUUUAUGUAUUCAGUGAAUAAGAUCAUUAAUUCAUCUAUUCGAUCGGAA